AUGGACAAUGGCGAAUGGAAAUUUGACACAGCGGCAGAAGCAGAGUAUCCUCCAAAGCUAGCUCAGAAGUUAGCUGCCUCAUUCAUGGACCAACUGCUGCCUACUGGAAAGUUUGACAUUCAUGAUGAUAUUGUUGACCAUGCUGCCAAGGUGGGCUCAGUGCAUCAAGCGAGACGUACAAGAGGGCCGUUGCUUUUGUCUGAGUUCAAAACCAAGGUUGUCAUUGCUUGCAGUGAGUCUGAUUUUCCGCCAGACAUUAUCCCGGCAGAUGCACCAGUGCCCUGGCAAGGUGUUCCAGUAGGUUCCAAACUUUGGGAUCGUCAGCCGAUUCAGUGGGAAAGUGGGGAAGAUAGGGCAAAAGCGUUGCAGCAGGAUGAGAAAGCAUUGCAUGAUUCCAUGUGUGCAGAGAUCAGGCCUGUUAUGAAGUCCAAGAGGCUUCUCUUGUUUCAAGAGAUGAUGCGUGAUGCUCGGGUCGCUGACGAGUCAUUGUUUGUCGACAUGUGCCAAGGGCUCAAACUUGUUGGUGACUUAGACCCCUCGGGUCAAUUUCCCCACCAGUUCAAACCAGCGUCACUUGAUGUGGAGCAGCUCAAGCAGACAGCGAAGUGGGCUCAGGAGGCCGUUGUGGCCUCAUGCAGAAAGGUUGCAGAUGAUGCAGAAAUCGCAACAGCUGUUUGGGAAGAAACUCUGGAACAAGCAUUGCCCGAGAAACAGUGGGUUCGUGGGCCCUUCACAGCUGAGGAGAUUUCAAGCGCCAAGGCUCUCACUGGAUCCCUUCGCGCCGUUUUGGGGUGCGUCAGGGAGGGAAGAUAA